CUCUUGCGCAUGCGCGGCCCCGCUGGCCAAAGAAGUUCAUAGCCUUUGUGAGGCGGUGGUGGGGGGUACUAGCUUCGAGGGCCGAGCCGGCUCGGGACGGAGCGAAGCCUUUUGGAGGAGCCCCCCGAGGGGCGGCGGGAAGGAGGACCACGAGGCCUCGGGGCUUCCCGCCCCUCCGCCCCGAGAGGGCUGCGCUGGGGGGAGAGCAGGACCUUCAGGGCCGGGAGGAGGCGGUGACCAUGGAGACUGAUGUGGCCGAAACGCCCGGGAAGAGAGCUCUGCCUCCCCAGGAUUCUCCCUUUUCCCAAGAAGACUGCACAGAAGAGGGAGAAGUGGCAGCUUUGCGCCUCACGGCCAGGUCUCAGGCAUCAGUGACCUUCAAGGAUGUGGCCAUGGACUUUACCCCAGAGGAGUGGGGGAGGCUGGAUCCUGCCCAGAGGGACGUGAUGCUGGAGAACUACAGGAACCUGGUCUCACUCUGGCUUCCAGUUUCCAAACCUGAGAACCACAGUUUGGAGAAUGGAAAAGAACAACUGCUGCUUGAGAGAAAAGCCCCCAAAAGCAGCUGCUCAGGAGUCAAAUCUACUUCCUCAUUGAAGCCAUGCUUUUCACCUUCAUUAACUCUGACCUGUUACAGAACUGCCAUUUUGUCAAACUCAGAGGACGAAGGAAAUUUGCAUUUCCAAUUUCUUUCAGACUCGGAGACUAGUCCCAGAAGCAAGGAUUCAACUUCAGUGCAAGAUUUUUCCAAAGAAGAAUCAUGCCAGGUUGCAGUCAUAGACAGACUGACAAGGGACAGUGUCUGUGACUCCAGCACAGAAACAACUCUCGACUGUGAAGGGUGGUUGGAGAAUCAGCAGGGAAGUCAGGAGAGACACUGGAGAGGAAUGUUCACCCACAUGAAUUCACUCCCAGAAGAGAGAGCCCCUGAGCAUGAUGUUUACUGGAAAAACCUAGGCCAGAAGUCAGUCCUUCUCACUCAAGACAGAGUUCCCAAAGGACCCUAUGCCUUCCACACCCUUGAAAAAAGACUGAAACAGAAAUCUACCUUAAUGAAAAAGCAGAGGACCUAUAAAGAAAAGAAACCUCAUAAAUGCAAUGACUGUGGUGAACUCUUCACUUACCACUCAGUGCUCAUUCGACACCAGAGGGUCCAUACAGGGGAGAAGCCCUACAGCUGUGCAGACUGUGGGAAAUCUUUCAGCCACAGGGCUAAUUUAACCAAACAUCAGAGAACUCACACAAGAAUUCUCUUCGAGUGCAGUGAGUGCAAAAAAGCCUUCACCGAAAGUGCAUCCCUUGCCAUUCAUCAGAGGAUUCACAUCGGAGAGAGACCAUAUGAGUGCGGUGAGUGUGGGAAAGGCUUUAAUCGAAGCACCCACCUUGUGCAGCACCAGCUGAUCCACACGGGGGUGAAGCCCUAUGAAUGUAACGAGUGUGAUAAAGCCUUCAUUCAUUCCUCAGCACUCAUUAAACAUCAAAGAACUCACACUGGAGAGAAACCUUACAAAUGCCAGGAGUGUGGGAAAGCCUUUAGCCACUGCUCAUCACUUACCAAACAUCAGAGGGUUCACACCGGAGAAAAACCCUAUGAGUGCAGCGAAUGUGGGAAGACCUUCAGUCAGAGCACACAUCUUGUCCAGCAUCAGAGGAUUCACACGGGAGAGAAACCCUACGAGUGUCACGAGUGUGGGAAAACCUUCAGCCGGAGCUCCAAUUUCGCUAAACAUCAAAGAAUUCAUAUUGGCAAGAAACCAUACAAAUGUAACGAGUGCAGCAAAGCCUUCAUUCAUUCAUCAGCCCUUAUUCAACACCAGAGAACUCAUACUGGGGAGAAACCCUACAGGUGUAACGAGUGUGGGAAGAGCUUUAAGUGCAGUUCGUCCCUCAUCAGACAUCAGAGGAUUCACAUGGAAGAGCAGCCCUGAAAAAUGACUUGAGUGCAAAGGAAUGUAAGUUGGUGUUAUUGCAUGUUAAAUACCUGAAUGGUUUAGGAAGAAGACCCAAAAAAUGCUGCCUGAGAAACAGUUCUGUGUGCAUCUAAUUCUACUCACGUAAUACAAUAGUUUUGAGCCAUAAGCAGAAUGUUUCUUCUAUCCAUUGAUUUGAUCAUUCUGAAUGCUUCCAGCCAGAAAUCUCAAAGGUUGAUCCCUAAACCACCACCCCACUACCCACAAUGCUCUUUUUUAGAAAUUCAGAAAGUCCUUGGGAGUGGGUAGCAAUACAGUCAUUGUGAAGUCCAGUUCCCCCUCUUUGUCACGCCAAAACCUGUUACUGCAUCUCACUGUGUAAGGACAUCCUUAUCUUGUAGGUGAGGCUGAGGGUUCGUAUCCUCACUUAUCAGGAAGACACAGAGCUGUUUAUUUUCAAAUCCAAAGUGGACACCCAGCUAUCUGAAGAAUGUCAUUUCUUUUACAUUAACUAUAAAAAUUUAAAAAUUAGAGUUGAAAUACACUCUGGCUUCCCUCCCAGCCCCAAAGGCCGCUGUCUCAAUUGAUGAACAAAUGGGGUCUGAGUUACGCCCACAUGGAUUAGGCUGACACUUAGAUGGUUAUUACCCCUCUGCUGGGUACAUCCUCACUGCACACUUCCUUGAAAGUGACCUUGAGAUAGGGAAAGAGUUGGAACCUUAACUAUAGUUUUUUUUCAGGUCCCUCUUUCCUUAUCUUUGACACUGAAUAAAUCCUUGGUUUUCUGUAACCACAGAAUUAGGGAGAUUUCACUCCUUUACCUCAUUCUGCUCUGUGUAAAGUAAGUUUUGUCACUUUGAGAAAAAGCCCCUGGGAUAUGGAGAGUCUAGAAAGUUGACUGAUUCACUGUGCUGUUCCAUUUAGAGUCCCAGGCAAGAAGAAGACCUGGAGCAGCUCUGAGGCACAAGAAAUAUAUCUUCAGACCUCACAUUAUGCACAUUUUUGGUCAUCGAUCUCCUGUGUAUUGGUCUUUGUUGUAUCCCAGAGCCCUGGAGAAGGUAGAAAAGGCACAGAGCCACACUGAUCUUGACAUAAGUUUCGUGGGUGACCAAAGACCUUGUAGUGGGAUGGAAACACAAAAGCAAGAGUUCAAAUAAAUAUUUAGCAGGCCUCCACACAAAAGUCUUGUUAUAGACUUUUUAUUUUAUUGUUACAGAGACUAACAAACUGUGAAAAGAAGAUUAUAGAAAAGAGAGAGGAAACAGUUGCAGAUUUCCUCUUCUCCUAAAUCCUGUCCUUGAUGAACACUCAACAGCCAGCCCAUGCUUUUCCCCUCCACAUUAUCCCCAUUACUCCUUACAGUUCUCAUCGUUCCCUCCGUAUACCUUAGUUCUAUCAUUGAGGAAAAGGAGAGGAAGAGUUUAAAGUGGGGGUAAUAGAAAUCAAGGUCAGGUCUAAAGCCAGCAAUAAUGGAAACCAAAGCAAUAGGAAAUAGAGUGUAAAGGACUAAGGACAGGCUUUGAAAAGAAUUAAAAAAAAAAAAAAUCUUUCAAAGAGGUGGAACUCUUGAGAGAUGAAACUAGGAGAAUGGCUGACAUAGGACAAAAUAAAAAGGAGCUCAGCCCUCUCAUCACUUGAUACUCAGAUUAACAACCUGAAGCAGGAAUUGACAAACUGGCCUGGACCCACCACCUAUUUCUGUAAAUAGUGUUUAAUUGGAACUGGGCCUCACUCAUUAUUUACAUGUCAUGUGUAGCUGUUUUUGUACUAAAAUAGUGGAAUUAAGUAGUUAAGGCAGAGACUUCAUGUCCCAAAAAGCCUGAAAUACUUGCUGUUUCUCAACAUUCCAGGUGUUUGAGUGAGACAAAGUUCAUUCAUCAUUUGACAGCCAAUACUUGGCUAACACAAGAUUAGUGGGUUUGAAUUCUAUCACCUCCACUUGGCAAUUAUGUGACUGAAAAGCUACUUCUUUCUGAGCCCCAUUCUUAUCUGUGAAAUGGGAACAGGUCAUCCCUCAAGGCUGUUGUGAGGCUAAGACUGCAGGUAGAGAAUCUAGCACACAAUUACUCUUUUCUCUCAUUAGUUUCCAGGAGCUAAAAUCCAUGGGUGCUCAAGUCCCUUACAGAAAAUGAUGUAGUACAGUUGGCCCUCUGUUUCUGAGGCUUUUGCAUUCUCAGAUUCAACCAACCAUGGAUGGAAAUUUGCAUCCAUGGUUGGUUGAAUCUGCUGAUGCAAAACAAAAUAAAGAGGGCAGGUUGUAUUUAUUAAAAACAUGCAUGUAAGUGGACCUGUGAAGUUCAAACCUGUACUAUUCAAGGAAGGAUUGACUUAACAUAUUUUAAUGAAGUGAUGAGUCAGUUUAGUCUGCUGUAAUGAAAUGUCACUAAGUGGUUUGUUUAUAAACAACUGUCUCACAGUUCUGGAGACUGGAAAGUCCAGGAUCAAGACCCUGGUAGAAUGUCUGAUGAGGCCCCUUCCUGGUCCACAGAUGGCCAUCUGUUUGCUGUGUCCUCCCAUGGUGGAAGGGCUGGGAAGGUCUCUGGGGCCUCUUUCAUGAGGGCAUGUUUGUGAGGACUCCUCUCAUGACCUCAUCACCUCCCAAAGGCCCCGCUUCCAAAUACCAGCACUUUGGGAAUUAAGUUUCAAGGUGAAUUGGGGGGUGGGGGUGGGGACACAAACAUUCCAUCUAUUAACAAGUGGCUGAGCAUCAAUCAGAAGUACUUAGUGUGUUUUCCACACCCUUUGUUUAUUGAUCUAGAGCUGACCACCCUGUACAUCAGUAGAGAAGGGCUUCACAGCUCUCUGCUCUUGCUCCAUCCCACACAGCCUCCUGGAGACCUCAUGGAAUCUGCCUUUUUUCCCUCUUAAGUAUCACAUAACCAGGAGCUGUCCCAUAUGUCUUCUAACUGCAGUUUAGGUCAAGGGACUUAGUCUAAACUAGUUUUACUAAGAGCUCUGGCCUUUUUCAUAUCAGUAUUUGUUCCUUUUAUGCUUAAGAGUUUAAUCUGACUGCGUGUUUGUACUCCCACGGGAAUCUUGGAAGUUUUAGUGUCCUGCUUUUCAAAUGUUUUUUAUUAUCUGUAAACUAAAUUUGAUUGUUCUUAUUGGCCUACUGUCAAUAAAGAUAUCGUUUGUAUA